AAAACAUAGAAAAAGAGUGAUGGACAGAUCCAUAGCAAGGCGUUGGAGAGAACUGAGCGGCGAGGACAACUGGAAAAGCCUCCUUCAACCUCUAGAUCCCGAUCUCCGCCGCUAUAUCAUUCACUACGGCCAAAUGACCGGAGCCGCGGUGGACCUCUUCAACGGUAAAACCCUAAACCCUAACGCCUCCAAAGAAGACUUUUUCUCCGAGGCAUGUCUGGUUAAAGGAAACCCAUACAAGUAUGAAGUGACCCGGUUCAUCUAUGCCGGCUCGGAUAGUGUAAAGUCCGCAUGGAUCGGAUAUGUGGCGGUGGCCACCGACGAAGGGAGGCGCGUUCUGGGCAGGAGAGACAUCUUGGUUGCUUGGAGAGGAACCAGAACGAAAUCGGAGUGGCUCAAUAACUUCCGCGUUGGGCCACGAGUUAGUGCUUCGCAGAUGUUUCCGGACCGGACUAAAAUUCAACUGCACCGGGGCUUCUACUUUCUUUAUACUGGAACAAGGCCAGAUUCUAUUCAUAAUAAAACUAGUGCAAGAGAGCAGGUCCUGGAAGCGGUAAAGGAACUUGUGGACAAGUACCAAAAUGAUACACAUGAAGAAAUGAGCAUAACAGUAACAGGCUUUAGUUUAGGUGCAGCACUUGCGACGCUAACCGCAAUGGACAUAGCCGCCAAUGGAUAUAACAAGCCACCCAAAGGUGAGCCCUUCAUGGUCACAGCGUUUACGUUUGGUGGUCCACGCGUUGGGAACGAUGGUUUGAAACGUGUAUUCAAUACGCUCGGUCUUGAUCACCUUCGUCUUCUUCGUAUAAAAAAUGAAAAAGAUUUCAUCCCUAAUAUGCCCCCGUUAAUAUUCACCGGCGUCGGAAAUAAGCUGGUUGUUAACACCUCCGUCUCAAAGUACUUAAACUUCAAGGUUUUUUGUUGUGCGGUGCGUUUACAACGACAAGAAGAAGAAGAUAACACUUGGCGUUGGCUGCGUUGGCUAUGUAUUGUAUUGUUGGUGGCGUUCAUGGUGCUUCAGCCCAAUGGAGAUGGAGAUGGAGAUGAACUUGACCGCAUGGAAUAUGAAGAUGAAGAUGGAGAUGGAGAUGAACUUGACCGCAUGGAAUAUGAAGAUGAAGAGUUAGACCGACAAGAACUCAUCAUCAUGGGCUCUGAAGAUGGUGACAAUCAUGAAAUUAAAUGCACGGAGUACCAUGACGAUCAUGACUAUGGAGAUCAACAUGAUCAUCAUACCAUAAUGGGAUCUGAAGAUGGAGAUAUACGUAAAGUCAUCUGCAUGUUCUCUCAGGCAGCUGAUCCUAGACAAUCAGUGUACAUCGAUACCAGCAAGCUUGGAGAAAACUAUAGUUGUCAUAAUAUGGAUGUAUAUCUGCAUGGGGUUGCCAUCAAAGACAUCGCCGACACCGUCACGGCGGAGGAACUAGAUCAUGAUAUAGCACUCGUGAACAAAUAUUUCAAUCGUGUGCUUCCCGAUUACGAAAUUCCCCCGAGAUGGUGGAAAGGCGAGAAUCGCAGAAUGAUGGUUCAGCUAGACAAUGGUCGUUGGAAGGUCGAGUUGGAUCAGACUUAA